AUUCCCUGGAACCCCAAACUUGCGACUCGACGACAUCCUUUUCUUAGCUUCAAAGUUCCUCCGAACCCCAGGCUCUGUCGAGCUCGUUUUCUGUCUCACCCUCCCACGCUCCCUCCCCCUCCCGACCGCGAGCGCGCAAUCUCGACCUCAACAACACUUUGGCCCAAGGAGCCACUCGAACCUCGAUAGCCAACGGUUUCGCCCUUGUGUGACGCUCUGUGGGCACCCGCUUAGCUGUCCCAUUCGCUCUACCUAAUCUUUUCUCGCUUCCUCGAGAUACGACAUCCUGGGGCCAUCCCCCCCCGUCCCUCGAUCCGCUACCCGUCGCCGUCACUGUUCGCUUUGAUCGUCGCCGUCGCCAUCGUCCUGUCGUGCACGACAACCCGCCUCCUGAUAUUGCUCACCACCAUAUCCGCCUCGCCCGCCCUCUAUCGCAAUCGCGACGCCGUCUCCAUAUUCUACAUACACGGAUCCCCCAAGACUUUUGCCUUUGCGAUACAUUCAAAGGAAACCGGCCUCGGUAGCGAAUUGCACACGCCUCUGCUCAUUUUCGAUUCGGAGCCUUGCCCGCCAACGAUUGCUUGAGAGACAUCGAAUCUGAUCCGAUCUGUCUCCUUUACGCCCGUCUGUCACGGCUUGCGCGAGACUGGGACCUAUAUCUAGCUUCUACCCUACUGCUUACGCCCUCGUUCAAGGCCUCAGAGCAAUCCCGUUGAUCGAAUGAUGGACAUAGAACGAAAAUCGUGCUCCUAAAAGACCAAUUCUUCAACAAGCCAAAGCUGCCGCUUCCGCCAAUUGCAUAUCGCAACCCGAGCACUCGCGCUUUUGUGUUGCGACUGAGACUUCUUGCACCGCUUCGACCUGUUUGGGCUUAUAGUUUGACCUUAACUCGCCUUCCGACUACCCACCCCCAUUGGUCUCGACUCACAUCGACGAGUAUUGUUAGUCGACGGUUACGCUUUCCAUAUCGCAACAAACGAGUGCGGCAAUUGCGAAAUCGCCGAAGAUUUGAAGAUGGCUGCGCCGGGUUCCAACAAGCCCGAAGUGGGCGACAUUUUGGUGGUCAUCCACGAUUUUCAAGCUCGUAGUUCGGACGAGUUGAGCUUAACCAAGGGUGACCGCGUGGAACUGAUUGAACGCGAUGACGAAUUCGGUGACGGCUGGUUCUUGGGAAAGCAUUUGGCAAAUGGCAACAGUGGUCUUUUCCCAGAAGUCUAUACGCGUCCUGCACCCAAGCCCCAUUCCAGCAGCCCGUCUCUCCAAAAACCUGUUCUCGCGCCGCUGGCCGAAAUCGUUAACGAGCAAACGGCAAAUUCCACUUAUUCUUACGGCAACUUCAACAAGAUUGGGAAAUCGGCCGAUGAAACCUUACCGUUAAGCUCCUUCAAGCCAGCUUCAGCACCCGACGGCCCUGCACAUUCGUUUCUCAGCAGUAGUUUGCCAAUAGGGGGUAUUGGACGCCCCGGCGCUGACAGCCACGUCCUACACGAGACUCUGAAUGUGAUCGACGAACAUAUUACGGAUUUGAACUCGCCGCAAAGCAACGGAGCUCUUCGAAACACUGGCGAUUCUGGUAGCGAAUACAGCUCGCACAUAGGCAACCGUGUCUCAUACAUUCAAGGCGAAGAAACGGAUGAGGAGGAAGAAGGAAACCAUACACGAAGCGAGGUCGAAUCCUGGUCUGCCGAUCAAGUUGCCGAGUACUUGUUUACGGUAGGAGUGGAGAAGCACCACUGUGAGGUGUUCCGUGACCAGGAGAUCACCGGAGAGGUCAUUCUCGGGAUGGAUCAAACAUCGCUAUUUAUCAAAGCCUUUGAUCUGGGGUCUGUGGGAAGACGGCUAAAAACUUGGCAGAAGAUCAAAAACCUACAGGAUGAGGUCAACGGAGAAGGGCCAGGCUCGCGCGUACUCAGCCAGUCGUAUGGGAGCGAGGUCGGGUCUGAUGCACAAGGGAAGAUGCGCAGCAGGACGAACACCCUCACAGGGUCGACUCCACGGUACUCAUCCAACACCAGCCAAUCUCUGUCAGUCCAGACAAAGCGCUCGUCGGAAACCCCCAAAAUGGACCCUGUCCAGCCCGUGUCUCCAGUCUCACCUCUGAUGGAGAGCCCAAAUCGUAUGUUCCACGAAAGGAGACCCUCCGCUGCAGACAUCAGAGACUUGCACCACUCCCGUCGCCAUUCCUCGACUGAUUUCCGUCUCGCAGGAGCAUCCCCGGCCACCCCUAAAGUCUCAGGUGGAACGUUGCACGGAACAGAGGUGCCCCACAAGAAGCAACCGUCUUUCGACCGAAACUGGACGCUGGGCAGUGCAAGCAACUCUAACCAUCCCGAGUCCUCGGCCGGGCAACAAGAUAAUGUGGCUGUUCAGGAGCCUGAGAUCCAGGAUUCGGCAGUAGACUUGGAUCGAGGCUACUUGUCAGGAACCGAUGCCGAUCCUCGGCAGCGGAACGUGCUGAAGAAGCGUGAGAGCAAGGCCCCUGCUCUCGCGGAAUCGCCAAAGACGAGCUACACGGAAGAGCAGCGUGUGCGGAGCGCCACAACUCUUUCUCGACAGUCACGGUUAGGCAGCAUUGAUUCCUCCCGUGAAGCAGUUGGCAUCUUGCCUGCUGCACAGAAAUACUACGGGCUGGUUAGGCGCACAGCUUCCACGGCUACCAUGGAGUCAGCUCGUCUCUCCAUCGAACGCAACCACCCUACGGUUACCAAACUCGAGGGAUCGCCGGAGCAAAGCAGGUCCUCUCCCAGAUCGGCUCUCAAACGCCUGAGCCAAGUCAACCACCCGGACUUUAAUAUGGCCGGCAUGCUAAAGAACGGCUUCGGCGGGCUACGAGCCGCCUCAGACGCGAUCACGGGUACCGAACGAGCAAAAGUGGCGUCACCAGUGGACACGCCGUCCAAAGACUCGUCUAUCUAUUCGCCCACACGCACCGGCUCAACCACGCCCUCGGCCGGCCGAAGUUUGGAUCUCGACCAGGAGACUGCCAAGAGUUUGAGCACCGUGGCAACCGCGGCCUCUGCCGCGAAACAAGCAGCAAACCGGAAGAAGACCAAGAAGGAGACAAGUGCUUAUACGCGUGGUUUACAAAAGAUCGGCCCACGAGAAUCGAUCAAGGAUGCGGACUACAGUGGAUGGAUGAAGAAGAGGAGUGCCAACCUGAUGACCACAUGGAAGCCGCGACUCUUUGUCCUGAAGGGUAGACGCUUGGCUUACUAUUAUUCUGAAGACGACCAAGAGGAGAAAGGCUUAAUUGACAUUUCCUUCCAUCGGGUACUUCCGGCGGACAAUGAGCGCUUGACUGGCUUCCAUGCGACGCUUAUGGGGGCUAGUACCUCCCCAGCAAUCCCGGCUGGAAGCCAUGUCCAGACGCUCGCAGACGCGGAUGCAGAGCGGGAUCCAACGGAAGAGGGGGAUCAGAUGUUCAUCUUCAAGCUUGUUCCACCACGAGCCGGUCUCUCGCGAGCAGUGAACUUCACAAAGCCUACAGUACACUACUUUGCAGUACCCAACAUCAAGCAGGGUCGCCUGUGGAUGGCAGCUCUCAUGAAGGCGACUAUUGAUCGCGAUGAUACCCAAGCAGUCACGACGACAUACCAGCAGAAAACUAUCUCGCUCACCAAGGCGCGCCAGAUGCUUCACAGACCACCAGCAUUGAUGAAUUUGGUGGAGGCCAGUGAAGACAAUGCUGGUGACGACAAAAGGGGGCCCGCAAAGGAGCAAAAUGGCCUAGGUAUUAGCUACAACGAGGCGGACAGCGGAGUUGCUGGGUUUGAGAAGCUGGGACUUUCUCACAUUGAUGAAGGUGGAUUGGGAUUUGAUGAGAAGGAUGGAUCGGUUCCUCAGAGCGCUUAGGCGAUUUUAAGGAACCCCCAAUCCGAGGCCUAUCGAUGUGUGAUCUGGCUACGUUACCACACCUUCGGCCUUGCAUUACGUCCAGCAUUCACAUGGAAGGAGGCGAUCUCAACCCCUUUGUCUUUUUUGUUCUUUAUCUUCUCGUUUUGAUUUUCUUUUAUUUAUUUUUUGGGUUCGUUGAUGAAAAUCACCAUUCAAGACGUACAUCCUAAUGUGCCAUGUAUUUCAAGAGCAAUUGGGAAGGGAAAGGAACGGAACGGGGCGCAUCUGGUACACUAUGUUAUGCUGCCCGAGGCUUAGUGAGGCAAUGGCAGGUAGCGAAAGGAUUAGUAUAAGAGAUACUGAGUCGUGUUUUUGUACCCAGAACAAAUGGCGAUUGGAAGUCUU